CGUUCCGCUUUGGUUUGUAAGUGAAGGAAUCAAACCUUCGAAGCGCUUCGGAGUGCCUGAAUCUUGCAUGGAGAGAUUCAUGAGUGCGAGCCUACCUGGUGUCCGGUUCUAACUAAUCUACACACGUGGACGCCCUGGAACGAUCAAAGGUAGCGUGCGCCACGUGCGUGCUUCCUUUCCUUCGCCAUCACAGCAAUGCCACUGGAUCCAAAUAAGCUCGAUUCCUGCUCGCUCAUCAGCCAAUCACGAGGAACUAUGAGUAGGGCGUUCUGCAAUACCACUUACACUCCGAUCCUUAGAACCAGCUCGAGUGCGUACUGCUCAUCAGACAAGGCUCCGAUUGCGUCGUACGACACGAGAUUUCAAUAGACUUGAAGGGAUACGAGAUCAACAUUCGACCAUAAUGCGCCACAGAUUCAAUCUGCACUUAUAAUGCUCAUUCGACGCCAUAGACUUGCAUAGCCCGAUCUGACGAAUCAGUAUGUUGACUGCGGCGCGCAAUGGUAGGGGUAUAAAGAUAGGUAGGAGCUAGACGCUCCGUCUUCGACAUCUUCUCCGAAAAUUCGGACAAAGUCUUACCGUCAGCAUGAAGACUACACAGACCUUCCUAGCAUCAUUGCCUCUCCUAUCUUUCUCCUGGGCAUCACCCUGUCCCAUCCUCGGGCCUCCAUAUCCCACUCCACAGCGCUUGAGCACCAGUCAAGCUUUCCAAAACGGCACUAGAAAGCUUGAUGACUUGAUCAAUCAAGCCCUGCAGAAUGCUUCUUUCUUUUCUGAAUAUGCGAUGAGUGGUCCACUUUCCAAUGGGACUUUCUCUUUGAGCAUCUUCAGCACCGCUCAACCUGAUACUCUCCUCCAUGAGUUCCACUACACUUCCUCAGAAGUGGCCAACAGCCAAGAAGGGCUUCACACAGUGGAUGCGAAUUCGAUCUAUCGCAUUGGAAGUGUGUCCAAGUUGUUGACUGUGUACACUUUUUUGAUUCAUGAAGGGUUUACAAGAGAUGGAGAGUCGGUUGCUAGAUAUAUUCCUGAGCUUGCUGAGAUUGCAAAAGGCGACUUGAUGUCCGACAACGGAAGAUUGGUGAAUUGGACUGAUGUUACGGUCGGGGAUCUGGCGAGUCAGCUUGGGGGCAUAACGAGGGAUUUGGGACUGAACGACAACGAUGAAGUACCUGGCGUCCCUCCGUUACCAGCUGGCGAAGUCGCUCUAUGCGAUCACUCAGAUCAGAAGGCAUUUCCAUGCUCUGUUAAGGAGUAUCUGGAUCGAUUCGCCACAGUGCCAGCCGAAUGGAAUCCAGCGCAUACACCGACUUAUAGCAAUGCUGGCUUUUUCCUACUCGCUCUGGUGCUGGAACGUAUCACGGGCAAGUCGUUUCCAGAGCUCAUGCAGCACAGUCUCAUCGAGCAGCUGGGUCUGAAUAGCACGAGUUACUACGCGCCCAAUUCGACGACUCGGGCUGUCAUUCCAGUCAAUGAUACAGUUGCUAUGUGGUCUCUCGACAUAGGACCAGUUGCCCCAUCUGGCAACUACUACACCUCCACCUACGACUUCGCCACAAUCGGCCGUUCGAUUCUCAAUUCCUCAAUCUUAUCACCAAGCCUUACGCGACGCUGGUUGAAGCCUCGCACAUUCACCACAGCCGCAUCUCCAGCAUUCGACGCAGUCGGGGCGCCCUGGGAGAUCAUCCGCUUUCGAGACCAUGAGCGGGUCGUAGAUCUCUACACCAAAGACGGCGACGUGGGCGCCUACCACGCCAGUUUGGUCCUGAUUCCAGAUUACAACGUCGGCUGGACGAUCCUCACCGCAGGGACAAAGAGCACUGGAGUACGUGAAGGGCUCAACACACUCAUGUACGAAACUAUCCUCCCUGCUCUCGAACAAGCAGCUCGCGAAGAAGCGAAUAAACAUUUUGCUGGGACUUACGAAGCUAUCUCUCCAACAAACUCCACCACCCCUCCAGCAACAGCAAUCUUCACAACAGACUCCCACUCCGGCCUCAAAAUCUCCUCCAUCAUGAUCGGCGGAAUCGAACAAACCACAACUCAAGAUUCACCCAAAGCGAAACUCGAUUGGAGACUUUUUCCCAGUGAUCUCUACAAUGAUGGCAAACACGUCGGAUUCACAGCUGCUGUGUCGACUAUUUACACUGACAAAAACACCAAAGUCUUCGCUGCAAAUACUUGUGCCAGUUGGUUGAGUGUCGGAACUCCGUCGUACGGGAGUUUGGGGCUGUUAGAUUUUGUUUUUGAGGUUGAUGAGGAAGGGAGAGCAGUGAGCGCUUAUGCGAAAGGCUUUCGCAUGAAGUUUGUGAAGAAAUAUUGAUGACCAUGCGGGGGAUGUUUGAGAUGAUUCUCGUGGAACUCAUAGACCCGGUGAAUACAGAAGCAGUCGGCAAAUGCCGGAAUGGAUACAACUCAGAGAGCGCAUGACAAGUGUACAAUUGC